CUCUAACAAACCUAACAGCUGAUACUUGUGGCAUGCUUUGAGCGCACGUUUUUUAAUUGUAAUUUUGAAAAUUAAAUAAAUCAUGCCAGCGGACGGGAAUAACAAACGCAAGCGUCCUAAAAAGAAGGGCAACCGUUUUAUGCGUAAUGCAAAAGGAUUUGCCAAACAGGGAAUCUUUGGCCGAGGCACGCACAUUGACGAUGGGCAAUUUAAGUAUUUUAUCAAUAUUUUGGACGCCAUGAAGGCCGGAUUCGACGAAGUGGAGGAGCGUGUGAAUAUGGCCAACAAUGUGUUUGAUCAAACCAAGGAUCAGGAAAUUCACUUAGCUUCAAAUCAAAUUGUAUCUAAGGCCUUGGAAUCGCUUAUAGGAUUUGUGGAUGAUGUUCAUCUAGAGCUUUAUUUCCAGAAAUUUGGUGACAAUCUUCGUCCCAUGUGUUCGGAUCGUUUUGCCUCUCAUGUACUGCAAAAAAUGGUGGAAAUUGCUUUCCUACGUGGUGUAGGUAAAAAUAAACUAAGUGAGCAAGAGCCUCCUAAUAGUAAACGUUCAAAACCCGAUGCAGCUCAAGUGGAAGAAGCCUACAACUUGGAGACGGAGUUUUCAAACGAACAUGUUGAAAAUUGUCGUCAAUUUGUAUUGAGAAUAGCGAAAUUCAUGUUGAACAAUUUGGAGGAUUUCGUAUGGGAUGCUUGUGCCAGUCACAUAAUGAGAACUGCUAUCUUGUGCCUGGUGGGAAUACAUGUGCCCAAGAUAGCCUUCGAAAAGGGAGGCACUGAAAUUUCCAAGCACCGUCGUUUGUAUCAAGUGCCCGAGGAUUGGUCGGAGGUAAUGAAGGAGUUUCCACAACGUUUGGAAUUGUGGCCACAUUUUGAAGAGUUUCCCUACCAAGAGCACUCUUCAGCCUUGAUUGGAGUAAUCUGCUUAGCCCUGAGUGUUGUCGAUAAAUCCAUGUUGAAGCAUUUUGGCAAGAAAAUCUUAAUGCAAAGUAUGCUAAAACCAGAGACCGACGAGGACAAAAAGAAAAAUGCCGAGGGAGAGGAGGAGGAGGAAAAAAUUGAAAUCAAAGAUGAAGAUGAUGAAGAAAAGAAAAAGGAGGAGGAUACCAAUGCAACUCCUCCUCCACCCACAUUACCCAAGGUCUUUAAUUAUGCUAGCUCUGUAGUCCUGCUGGAAUCAUUGAUUAAUGUAGCCGGCGCCAAAUUGUUAACCCAAAUCUAUGCCAUGCUCUUCCAUAGUCGUAUUGCCUAUUUGGCUAAACAGCAACAAACAAAUUUCUCUGUCCAGCGUAUGCUCCAACACGUAAAAGAAACCCCAGACUUUGAGUCCAUUUUCACAGAGCUCCAACCGGAAAUCGAAGCUCUUCUAAAAAUGGGCUACACUGGAGUGGUCUCCUCGUUAAGCGCCGCCUGCCUGCGCCUUGGUACCAAGCAGGCUCAGAUGAUAGCUUCACUUCAAUCGGCUCUCCAUGUCCAGGGCGAUAAGGAGAAAUCGAAAAUGUUCUUCCAGUGUCUCAUCAAACUCAAACCAUUAGAGAUUGCAAGCAAAGAUGAGUCUGCGUUCGUGCACCUGCAUGGGUCUCUGAUAACCCAACAUAUAUUGCAGUUCAAUAAACCCAUUUUCUUGGUCAAUUGUAUUUUGGAUUUGCCUGCUGCCCAAUUGACUCAGCUUGUCAAUACACCAAAUGGUUCACACAUUGUUGAUGCAUUCAUGCAGAGUAAAUUCAUUGGUGAAAAGUCUCGAGAACGUCUUAUACGCCAGUUGGAAGGUUUCUAUGUGGAUUUGGCUAUUACCCGACAUGGCUCACGAGUACUAGAGGAGUGCUUUAAAGCCUCACAAGAAGCACAAAAGGUUCGUCUGGCCAAGGAGUUAGUUGCUAAGGCAAACAUGCUACAGGGUUCCCCUUUCGGACGUCUCAUCUACACAAAAUAUCGCCUCGAGACCUUCAAACUGUCGCCCAGUCAGUGGCAAGCAAGUCUGGAGCAACUAAAGGAUACGGAUCAGCUGGCAAAUGGGUCAAAGAAAAGAUCGGCUCCAUCAGCUGCCGAAUUGUUUAAGGAUAUCAUAAGUUAGAUUUACAAAUAAAAUGAAAUUGAUAAGACCUUA